GCUAUUCCUUUAAAGGCGUAUUUAAAGCCCCCUUUGGCUCCAGUUGCUGCAGCGCCGGACGAACCCUAUGCAACGCAAGCUGCCGCGGAGACGAGCGACUGUCCCACCGCUCAGCGGACACACACACACGGACACACACAGCGGGAGGCAGCGGGCUGACACGAGCCGGCGGGGUACGACUGCUGGGCCCAACAUUGCAGCGUGGUCCAAAUUGCCAACGUCUCAACGUCAUCUAUGAAGCUUUCAAGGCCUUUUGAUUGAUCAGCCAAUCGAUGGGGAUUUUCAGAAGAGCUCCGCCCACCUUUGCUACCUGCCUUAAUCCUCCUCUCCCCUCCCCCGGCGGCCUCCUCCUAGCCCCCACCCACUGCGUCAUCCAGCCCUCAAUCCAGCCCUCUAUCUCUAAAAUGACUCUGGAACUUACUGAAUGGUCUUCUAUAUGGAUUUUUACAGCUUGUAAUAGACAGUAGGAACAAGAGGGAGAAACCUCAAUGACAAAAAAGCCAUAAACGCACACACUACACACACACACACACACACACACACUACACACACAGACGUACAUACACACACACACACACACACACACACACACGCAUGCAUUCACACGGGGGCACACAAACACACAUAAACUCACGCUGGGAAUAUACCGCACACUCUUCCUGUGAAAAUUCAACCGCUUCCAUUGUUUUUUCUGGAUUUCUACAAACCUCUGGAAAGCUGAUUUCUUUGUUUUCUUUUUUCCGACUCUGGGACAAAACCAAAAGCCGAGAGGCGGAUUAACACUUGUGAGGCUGCAGUGUUUAGGGAGCUCAAGUUGUUUUUUAGUACAACUUGUUCAGAGAAUACUGAGUAAUACUGAUUGAACGGAUUGUUUCAUUUUCUUUACAUUGACAUGCCGGACAUAUAGACCGGCUUUUCCUCCAUUUGGUUUGUGUCUGCAGCCUUGUUGAGUUUUAGCAGGACCCAAGAUAAUUUUUUUUUUUUUUUUUUUGAAUUCUUUUGGGUUUUAUUGUAGAGAUAUUGGCACUCUAGUUAUAUAUAUAUAACCAGCAAAUUACUACCACAUGCUGUAAUUUGUAGCUUGAAAAUAUUGCGAUUAGGUCACCAACCAGUUUUAAUGUAAGUACGAGUGACUUGACACGAGUAGUUUCAAAAAGGUUUCUUUGGUAGCCAAAGGCGAUCUCUCAGCGCGUCACUGGUGGGGGGUGCGCAUUGGCUUUCUCGCUGCGUGCAUGCCCUCCAACAUGCCUCCCCAGAACACGGAGGCCGACGCCACGCAGGUCGGAUCUCUGGUGGACGGGGCUAACGGCAAAAACACCACGGCGUCGGGGUCGGGCGAGGGGAAAGGAGGAGGAGGAGGAGGAGGAGCGACAGGAGGCGAGGCAGAUGGAUCCGGAGGCCGAGGGGUGGAGGAGUCAGCGAGCGAGGGAUCGCUGGAAGGCAUACCGCUGAAGCGAUGGGUGAUGCAUGGCGCCGUGAUGUUCGGCCGGGAGUUCUGCUACGCCAUGGAGACGGCGCUGGUGACGCCCGUGCUGCUGCAGAUAGGCCUCCCGGAGCAGUACUACAGUCUGACGUGGUUCCUCAGUCCGGUGCUCGGACUCUUCUUCACUCCUCUGAUCGGCUCGGCCAGUGACCGCUGCACUCUGCGAUGGGGCAGGAGGAGGCCGUUCAUCCUGGCUCUCUGCAUUGGGACGCUGAUAGGAGUGGCACUGUUUCUCAAUGGAUCGCUGAUCGGUCUGGCAAUGGGUGACGAGCAGGGGAGACAACCAAUCGGAAUCGUUCUCACUGUGCUGGGAGUGGUAGUGCUGGACUUUAGUGCAGACGCAAUGGAGGGACCAAUCAAAGCCUACCUCCUAGAUGUGGCGGACCCGGAGGAACAAGACAUGGCGCUCAACAUCCACGCUGCCUCAGCAGGUCUCGGCGGUGCGGUCGGCUACGCGCUCGGGGGUUUGGACUGGACACACACCUUCCUCGGGGCGGCCUUCAAGUCGCAGGAGCAGAUCCUGUUCUUCUUCGCUGCCAUCCUCUUCUCCGCCUCUGUGGUGUUGCAUCUCUUCAGCAUUGACGAGCAGUCCUAUUUAUCCCAGCAUGACAGAUUGGAUCAGGAGAGUCCGGAUCGCACCAAACUGCAACCAUCAGCCAACGGCAGGACCGGACUUCUCGGCCCUAAGCUCGAACUGAUCGGAGAGGAUGAAACGAUGGACCGCUACGACAUCUAUAACCAAUAUGGAGACAACUUUUCAGAGCACGAGGAUAUGGACAUGGACUUCCUCGAGAUGGAGCUUGUAAGAAGUAAAAGUGACAGUGUUCUCGCCAUGGCAGACGCCACCCUCGACCACAUGGACCACGACGCGUUUUACCUGUGCCACUUGGAGCCGUCCAUCUUUGCCGACCGCCUCUCCCCCUACCACGGCUCGCCUCCCCCGACCGGUAACCUCUUCAAAGCGAGCCGCGGCACUCCGCCGCCGCGGUUUGGCAACCUCAGACGCAGCAGCAGUGCAGGGAGUCAGGACCCGCUCCACGCCAGCCACCACCAAAAGCACUCCACCAGCCCCAGAAUCUCCCGCCUCUCAGCUUUCUUACAGGAAAUGGAAAAUGACGAUGGCGAGGAGGCGUUGCUGAACAACCAGCUCAAUGAGCAGCGGACGCUGAACGGACGGCUGUUGGCCGGUGUGAAUAAUCAUGACGUGGCCAGCAGCGACCGGCUGAGCUCUAAAGGACGGGCUCAUCGUGCUGGAAUGGUCAAAGCUGCCAGUACUGGAGCCCCCAUGCGGCAGUCACGUCACCGUCCCAUCUUCUACCGCCAGCCGUCCUGCACCUUCUCCUACUACGGUCGAGUGGGGAGCCAUCGCCACCGCUACCGCCAGCCCACCGGCGCCUAUCUUAUCAAGCCGUCGCGCAGCAUGAACGACCUGUGCGACGUGGAGGCCCGACACAGGAGGAGGCAGAGGCAGAGAAAAAGACACCGCAGCGGAAACACGAACUCCUCCAGCGGGGACACGGAGAGCGAAGAGGGAGAGGUUGAGACCACAGUGCGGCUGCUGUGGCUCUCCAUGCUGAAGAUGCCUCCGGAGCUGCUCCGACUGUGCGCCUGUCACCUGCUCACCUGGUUCUCCAUCAUUGCUGAGGCGGUCUUCUUUACCGACUUCAUGGGUCAAGUCAUCUACCAUGGAGAUCCUACCGCUCCUCUUAACUCUACUUUGUUGGAGGAUUAUCACAAAGGUGUUCAGAUGGGAUGUUGGGGACUGGUUAUAUAUGCCAUGACUGCUGCUACUUGCUCAGCUAUCCUUCAGAAGUACCUCGACAACUUUGACUUGAGCAUUAAGGUCAUCUACAUCGUGGGAACGCUUGCAUUUUCCAUAGGAACGGCUGUAAUGGCAAUCUUUCCUAACGUGUAUGUUUCCAUGGUGAUGAUCAGCAGCAUGGGCAUAAUCUCCAUGAGUAUCUCCUAUUGUCCUUAUGCUCUGCUGGGACAGUAUCAUGAAAUGAAAGAGUACAUCCGGCACAGUCCCGGUAACUCCCGUAGGGGCUUUGGCAUCGACUGUGCCAUCUUAUCCUGCCAGGUGUACAUAAGUCAGAUCUUGGUGGCCUUGGCGCUGGGUGCUGUCGUGGAGGCUGUUGGCAGCGUUCGUGUCAUUCCCAUGGUGGCCUCUGGGGGCUCCCUCCUCGGAUUCUUCACCGCCCUCUUCCUGGUCAUCUACCCGACUCCAAACAGCGGGGACGGGGAGUCGGCCAAAGCCUCGAAACGGUCCCUGACCAAACUUGAAAAUCACAACAGCAACAAACUGGCCGUUACGUUGGUGAAAGAGAAACCCAGCUUCCUGAAACUCAACAAGAAGGGCAAGGCCACCUCCACCACCAUCACCACCACCACCGCUUCCUGUCACAUGGAGAACGAGUCUGCUCUCUGAUUGGCCGGCUGAAUGCGAUCGACGAGUUGCUGCAGAAACCACAAAAUUCACGGGAAAAAGAUGCCACUGGAAUUCGUUUUGGGUAUUGGCGUCCACGUGGUGCUGGAGUUCACAGACGCGAUGAAGAGAGAGGUGUUGGGUGCGCUCUUGCUGUCUCUGCUUUUAUUUUUGAUUGAAAACAACCACAUCUUCCCUGAGACCAGUGUCACACCAGGCCAACAAAGCAUCCUGGUCCCAGUGCUGCUCCGGCCAUCACAUAAAUUCCUUAAUCUGAUCCGUCAGGGUUUUUAAGGAGAGGUUGUCUCUGUCUCAGGGCCUCUAGGAGGUGCUAGUGAGCAGCUGCACGAGAACAUUCAGGGGACUUGCACACAUACAUACACGCACACACACCUCCGCACCUGGGGUCAACACAAUCGAAUGAACACAUCAACGCGGAACGUUGUUGAUGAACAUUAGUCCUUGAAGCUGCUAUCAUUAAAAAGAUGCUGAAAAUUGUUCUUCCUCGGAAACUGGCUGGAUCGAAUCUGCUGUGAUGACGUCGAACAAGAUCGACGGGAGGGUUUGUGAGUGUGUGUCUGCCGACGUGUUCACCAAAAUAAACUCAAUCACACGCUCUGGGUUGCGGGACUACUUUCAGCAUUGUGCAACAGUAGCUUUAAGACUGCAGAGACUUCUGCGGGAGGCAUUUCUGGAACCAACAGCCCGCAGCCCGCUUCUGGGUUCUUUAAUCACUCUUUAAUCCCCGAAUGGAAUGCAAGUGUGUGUGUGAUUUCGCCCUCCUCCAGAUGGAAGGAGUGCUAAAAUUCUUAUUAUAGCCUUCCCUCCAGGGGAAAGUUGACUCCAGGCUCUUCUCCGAAGUGACCUGUGAUUUGCCGGUUUAGAAGGAGGAUGUGUAUUGAGUGAAAUUCCAGGAAAAAAAACGUGCAGGUGCAAUAUGUGCAGUAUACAGGGCAUUACGAUCCCAAAUAUUAUUGUCAUGAUUUAUUGAGCGCCCAGAAUGAUGCUUGUUUUAGAAUAUUCUGGACCGACCUAUGCUGCAUGAUAGAGAAGCAGAGAAGAGACAAACCAAACCACAGAGAAAAAGAGGAAAGACGUGUGGAUUUCUCCCUCUCUCUCUCUGCUUUCUUGCUUAAUCUUUUUGAGAAUGCUGUUAACACAAUGUUUGUUACUAACUACACAUUAGUCGAGCCAUUGUUUGAAAUUGCGUUAAACUGCAUCCGGUAAGAGAAGCCUAUUUGGGAGGUUGGACGCAUCUUUAGCACACAAGCAGGAUGCUCCUCAUCUGUUGGGUGAAAGUGGAUCCAGUUACUCUACCACUAAUCGCUGGAAUCUGGAAGUGGACACAAGAAUAUCCGUGUGAGUCCUGGAUGUAUUAAAGCGAAAAAAUAUUUAAUGUAAGAGAGGCAAAACAUGUCACUCGAGUUCCGGCUUGUUAUGUGAGUCUUUGUGGAGGAUUUCCGCUCCUGGUCCAGGUGUCUUGGUUCCACUGUACUGGGCCAAAUAUGAGUAUAAUAUAGUAUUUUAGACUACAUCUGUGUUUUACGCUGAAUGUAUAUUUUGAAAGGAUAGAGGGAUGACAUGAGUUAAGGUGAAAUGGGAAAAUAAUGAGCAUACAGACAUGAAAGUGUUAUUGAUCUGUGUAUUCCCAAAAUGCAGAACCGUUCUUUUAAAUAUUUGAGCUCAAGCAAAACGUCAACUUUGAAAAAAAAAAAGAAGAAGAUUUGAUUCAUUCAUUUGAUCCCUAAAAGACAAUGGAAUCAUAUUGACCUUUGACUCCAGACAGACUUAAACUUGAGUAAAAUGCAAAAAUACACCUACAAAAUAUCAAGAAUAAGUGACCAAACUACAAACACUUUAGGGCAACGACCAGAAUUGAUCUUUCUUCUGAAGGACAGCUUCAGUUUGUUUCUUCUGGUGAGGUGAGAGAUGCUUCUCCAUCCUGCGGCUGCUGUUUUAAGACAUGAUGGUUGAUUAUGGAAGUAAAACCUUUAAGUUAAGCUUUGCUUUUUAAAAUGAACACACACUUAUGACACUAAUGUGAUAACUACAAAAACAUUAAAUUAAAACAUCAUGCAAGUUGUACGAAUCCAAACUAAACUGUUAUUAAUACUUAAUGAUUUUGAUUGUAGACCAAAAAAGGCAUAUUGAUCAUGGAAUGUUUAAUUGCUGACAAUGCUGAACGUUUAAGUGAGUUGCAGUGAGACAAAAAGAAAUGAUUUAAUAUUGUAUUAUAUCUUUUGUUUUCUGAUAAGUCAGUUGCAAUAAUAGCCUCUGUAAAGCAGCUGGAAGAGGACUGUGUGAGGGUGGUGGGGACAUCAUCUGUCAGGGUGAAAGGCUGUGGAUUUGGGUCAGUUCUCCUUGUAGCUCAAUCAGCUGAAACAUGAAAAUUGUAAAUUGCAGUGACUUCAUUUACAGCAUUUAACAGAUAAUCCUAUUUAUAUUUUUGAUUUUUAGCAGAAAAUGUUCCCACCAAUGAUGUGGUUUCUCUUGUUUUGUUUAAUCCUGUUUCUAACAGAAUAGAUUCCUUCCACAAUUUCAGGUACAUUCAUUCAGAGAGAGAGCGAGCGUGUUUUACUUCCUGGGGCGACCCUGCUCUGGCCGUGGUGCUGGCACAGGAUCUGAAUAUGAUAAAAGACAGAAGAGUUUUAAAAUACACGGCAAUAAUACAGUCUGGAUCAAAUGAUGUACCCCCAACGUUAGUUAAAAGACGAACAUGAAUAUUUGAAAAGGCUUUGGCUUUGGGAGGCUUGCAUGUGACAACAGCAAUAUGCAUGUGUGGAACACACCAAAGUAUGACUUUGUACAAAUCACUCCAGCUCUUUGCUGUCCUAACAGGGCGGGGAUGUCUUUUCUAAUGCAUGACUGGAUGUUUGUAUCCACCUGUUUGAACCUAAAUGUGUAAACAUAAACCAACACGGUUACUAUUUAAGCUAAAACAUUGCGCUCUCUCUGGGUCAGUACACGCUCAACAAGCAUGUGGCUUUCAAAGCGUUUGCACAUUUAUUAAGAGUGACGUUUGAGACGGCACGCAUCUUGUUUGCUUUAAACGCAGCGCCCGUGUGGCCCGAAGACGAGAUUUGCGUCGUCUCCCCGAGCAACGCUCCGUGUUAAAAGUGUAGGUGGGAAACUCUAGGCCUCGAAUACUUGAAGUGCAACUUGAGUGUUUUCUUUUUCAAUACAGUGGUUAGUUUUUUCUUCUUUUUCUUAGUGUCCCAAGCCUUUUAUUUACCGCAGACUCUGGAAUGUUCAGACGGCAGCGCGUCCUGCUGGGAAAUUUGAGUUCUUACCAUCGAUUCCAUCUUGUGACUUAAAUGUUUAAAACACGGUCAAUGAAUGUGAAGUGAUUUCAGCCGAAAUAAUUUUAGUUUUGAUGUUUGACGCCUGACAUUGCACAGAACUUGCACAUUAUAAGUAGAAAAAACUAAGAAGAGUAGAAGUGUGUUGCAUAAGGAGAAAGAAGAGUGGAUAUUUAUUUUUUAGAAAUGUCCGUAAGAGAAAUUUCACCUAGUUUUCAAUCAGUUAAAGCUAUUUUAAUUGCUGUUACAGGAGAUGUUACGGAAGCAGACUGGAGUCUUUGUGUCUUGUGUCUUUGUGUGCGUGCAUGUUUGCAGUCGUCUCACAUCUGCUAACAUGAAACGCGAGUGGCGUUAGUGUGUUAAAAAUGUCAUCUCAGUGUUAGUUUUGGUCUCUGUUCUCUUUGCAAUCACCUGGUUUACACUUAACUCCAGAAUCGAUGGCUGCAAUACCUGAGCUUAUUCACGCGUCUUUAUUUACUCUUAGAAAAUGUAUUUUUUUAAUUCUGAAGGUGGCUAUACCACAUGAGAGUUUGGCCUUUGCACUUUUUCAGUGGCAGCCAUGUUGGCUCCACGGUCCUGGUCAUUGAAUGAAUGUGGCGGCGCCGUGAUGACGUUGUCAGGGACGGCAGCAGCAGCGUGGCGGAGAGGCCGUCGGUCCAACGCGGCCCGUCUCAGUGUGUGCGCAUGUGUGUGGCUGCCUCUGGUAAACUGUUUGUUUACGACCGUGGAGAGAGAUGCCUAAUAUACUUUGAUCCUCACAGAGAUUAAAUCAAGAAAAAUACCUAAAGAAUGGGAAAGCAAAGUAUGCGCAGUGUACUAUAUAUAUAUAUAUACAUAUAAAUAUAUAUACAUGCCUUGUCAUUUGAAAAAUAAGAUGUAUAUAUGCAUAUUUUUCUUUUAGUUUCUUCUUUUUUGCUGCUAUAAAAAAAGAUGAUUAUUUUUGUUAGUAGUUUUGUUUUCUAUAUAAAGACUGUAUAUAUCUCUAUGUUCUGUAAAUACGCUUGAGCCUGUAGGACUCUGGAUGAACACUGUAUGGAACGCACCUUUAAAAUCGGUUCAGUUAAACCUAAAAAAA